UAUUAAAAAAAUGAGCAGCAAAGAGACACCAAACACGGCAGCUUCAUCACCACACAAAAGCUAAAAGCAGCUGCUCACUCAGCCUAUUUCUGCCAUUUUCUUCUGCAUAAACAAAUUAUUGUCACAGACGGAGGAGCGGAGGGUCGGUGUUGGGCAAAGUUUCAUACUUCAUCUUCUCAAACAUGUUUAAGAGGAUCACAUUCAUCUUGUUGGUUGGAUUGCUGGCGUGGGCAUAUCAGGCCGCCCGACCCCCACCUCCGACCAUCUGUGGUUCGCCUGGCGGUCCACCCAUAACAGCGCCUAGAAUAAGGCUAAGGGAUGGAAGAUUUUUGGCCUACAAGGAACAUGGUGUUCCAAAACCAAUCGCAAAGUACAAGAUUAUCUUUGUUCAUCCCUUCAGUAGUUCCCGACACGAUCUAAUCAUUACAAUAUCCGUCUCUCCGGAAGUCAUUGAAGAUUUAGGUGUGUACAUUGUGUCAUUCGACAGACCAGGGUACGGGGAAAGUGAUCCGGAUCUUAAGAGAACAGCAAAGAGCUUGGCGUUAGAUAUAGAGGAGCUUGGUGAUCAGCUGGAACUCGGAUCCAAUUUUUAUGUAAUUGGAUACUCAAUGGGAGGACAGUGCAUCUGGAAGUGUCUUCAGUACAUCCCUCAUAGGCUAGCAGGAGCAGCACUGAUCGCUCCGGUGAUCAACUACUGGUGGCCAGGACUUCCUGCCAACUUGUCAUCUUAUGCCUAUAAGAAGCAACCUCCGCAGGAUCAAUGGGCGCUUCGAGCUGCUCACUAUAUACCUUGGUUAACCUACUGGUGGAACACUCAGAAAUUCUUUCCUAAAUCCAGCGUUGUAUCCGGGAAACCAGAGAAUAUGUUUUCCCGCCAAGAUUGGGAAAUCAUUAGGAAUGCAAAGGUUUCUGGAAGAGAAAAGCACAAGGCACAUGUCACGCAGCAAGGAGAAGCUGAGUCCAUCUUUCGCGACAUGGUAGUUGGAUUUGGGAGCUGGGAAUUUGAUCUAAUGGAUCUGCAGAACCCCUUUGCCAGCAACGAAGGCUCGGUCCAUCUAUGGCAGGGUGACGAAGAUAAGCUUGUGCCAGUUGAGCUGCAACGCUAUAUUGCCGAAAAGCUUCCAUGGAUUCACUACCAUGAGGGUCCACCCGUCACAGCGCCUAGAAUAAGGCUAAGGGAUGGAAGAUUUUUGGCCUACAAGGAACAUGGUGUUCCAAAACAAUUGGCCAAGUACAAGAUUAUCUUUGUUCAUCCCUUCUUUAGUUCCCGACAUGAUCCAAUCAUUGCAACAGCCGUCUCUCCGGAAGUUAUUGAAGAUUUAGGUGUGUACAUUGUGUCUUUCGACAGACCAGGGUACGGUGAAAGUGAUCCGGAUCCUAAGCGAACAACGAAGAGCUUAGCGUUAGAUAUAGAGGAGCUUGGUGAUCAGCUGGAACUCGGAUCCAAAUUUUAUAUGAUUGGAUACUCAAUGGGAGGACAGGUCAUCUGGAAGUGUCUUCAGUACAUCCCUCAUAGGCUAGCUGGAGCAGCACUGAUCGCUCCGGUGAUCAACUACUGGUGGCCAGGACUUCCUGCCAACCUGUCGUCUUAUGCCUAUAAGAAGCAAGCUCCACAGGAUCAAUGGGCGCUUCGAGCUGCCCACUAUAUACCUUGGUUAACCUACUGGUGGAACACUCAGAAAUUCUUUCCUAAACACAGGGUUAUGUUGUCCCGCCAAGAUUGGGAAGCCAUUAAGAAUGCAAAGGUUUUUGGAAGAGAAAAGCACAAGGAACAUGCCACACAGCAAGGAGAAGCUGAGUCCAUCUUUCGCGACAUGGUAGUUGGAUUUGGGAGCUGGGAAUUUGAUCCUAUGGAUCUGCAGAACCCCUUUGCCAGCGACGAAGGCUCGGUCCAUCUAUGGCAGGGUGACGAAGAUAAGCUUGUCCCAGUUGAGCUGCAACGCUAUAUUGCCGAAAAGCUUCCAUGGAUUCACUACCAUGAGGUACCAGGUGGUGGACAUUUGUUGCCAGCUCCAGAUGGUAUGAGUGAAGUCAUCUUAAGGGCACUUCUAAUUAAAGAGUAGACCAUUGACGUCGUCGAUACAGGGCAGUUCUCUCAGAGAUGCUACAUUUUAUACAAAUUAUGUUCCAAGACAAAUCUAAAUCUUUGUAAUGUUACAAUUCAAAUAGAGGAAAUAAUGAGAGUCGAUUUGAAAUUAGUUGUAUGA